AUGCCUUCUUGGAAUGAUGGGGAUGAGAGCUCCGACGACGACAGCAUGGGGGGCAACCUAAUGAACAUGGAGUACUUUGACACACCUGACACCAUCCCUGAGCCACUCUGGUGUGGUGCUCCCAUGGAGGAAGUUGCCAAGUGCACUCUGCACCAGAUGAAGCCUAGGAAGUGUGUUGCUUUUGAAGGUGCUAACACUGGGAGGAGUUUGCAGAAAGGAGGUGUGAAUUGUGGUGUAGUUCAGUGGGUUGAUCCUGCCUGGCCUGAUGUACUUAAGAACUGCCUCAUCAAGGUGUGGGAAAUGUUCCAAGAGCAAAACCUUGGAAGGAUUCAAGACAAGCAUGCAUAUGAGGAUGAGGUUGCCAAGUUGAAGAAGGACUAUGAUCAUCUGCACUGA